ACAACAUAAAAAAAUAUCUUUAAAACGUCAAAAACUAAAAAAAACAUAUUUACUAACAUUUAUAUUUUUCCAAAUUGGCAAGUGGCUCUUUAUUUGUUAGUUUUAUCGUAGUAUGAGCGACUACGCGAAGAGCCAAUGCAGCUCAGUUAUUUGAAGAAUGCCUGACAAGCGCGUAAGGGCGCCGUACUUGUGCACCAGUUUGUAUGACAUGUUCGGGUGGUCCCCGGCUGUGGGCUCCCGACACCGGGGGGACAUCUCCACAUCCUCACGGGACGAUAUCGUCAGGUGGCUCAAGAAACCAGAUGACGCUGGCCUUCAAGUCAAAUCCAGUAUCAGGGCCGCCAAAAGCUCCCACAGCACAGUAUUUUGGGACUUGGAUGAGUACACUAGGAAACGGUCGUACCACUGCUAUUUUGAGGUCCCUGUUUCAGGCAGCAAAAUGCGUGAUAUCAUAGACAUUCCCGUACCGUAUCCCAGGGUUAAAGUAGGUCCAGAGCCUCAUGAUGAAUUAAAUGGGCACGGUGGCAAAAUAAAGUCGAAAAUAUUUACCAACAACGCAAUAUCACAGCAUGGAAAUAAUCCAACCGUAAUCAACAGAGCAAAACACGAUGAUCCGGUCGUUGAAACAGAACUUAACAGUAAAUAUAAGCUUAUGUUCGACAAAUCUUUAAAUACUGAUCAUCCAUCAAAAGUAAAACAUGAGAGACGAAAACGAUACAGAAGGCCCAGUCUGAUCUGUCCACAAUGUCAGGCAAAUGUGGAAUGUAUUAGCCAAACUAUAGUGCAGAAUACGAAAAAAGCAGAUAGUGUUAAUGAUACAAGUGCCAUCAAAAGCUUGGGCGAUCGUAAGAAGAGUGAAUAUUUUUCGCAAUACAACUGCAAAACGCCACGUUCAGUAUUACCGUUUGGCACAGAUAAAACAUUGCCUCCAGAACCAGUCAAAUACAGUCGAAGUAAGAGAAGGACUCCUACAAAGUUAUCUAGAGUGAUCCGUAUUGUGCGAGCUUGCAGGCAUCACCCGCCCUGCCCAGUGGCGCCAUCCUGUCAGAAACUCAACGUGAUCAAAAACAAAUGUAAAGUGAUCCCGCCGUGUCCACACUCGCCACGGUGUGUCAACCUGCCCGUAUGCAUACCUCUAGCUGAGGAAAAGAAGUUUCUAGAAUACGAGAAUUCCGAAGAGUCCAGCAACGUGGUGUCUGCAGACUAUCUCCGACCGAAACCAACAUACCAGUUCAAGGCAGAGUGCUGUGCUUUCAGAGAAAAUGAGUACCUCAACUCCACUUUAAGUAAAGAAUCCAGCAUUGUAUCCUUACAGCCAAGUCAGAAGACCGUGUUUAAUAAAUCCCCCGUACAAGUGAUGUCUGCUUUUCUCCAGCGCACCAAGUCUUGUCAGUACGAAUACAUAGAGUUCAAUAAGGACUUCAGCUACCGGCCCCCCGACGAGGGGAUCGUGUUCGUCAGAGACGUCGGCUGUCAGUUCAAGAGCAGACACAAAAGCGGCAGUUCAUUUGUCAGCAGAGUCAGCUCUUCGAGCACUUGUUACGAACUGAAGAACAUUAAGAUCGGCUCCGCUCGCUGUUACGUGAACAAAUGUACAAGCCCGGUAGCAUUGUCUGACUGUAAGUCUUGCAAAUCAAGUUGCUCCGACUUGGAGAAGACGUCUCAUGAUGCGUCGCAGAGUCUGACUGACAAGUCGCAAGAACCAGAGCCCGAAGAGACGUGGUCUGGUAAGCUGAUGAAAGAGACGGAGGGUCCAGCUAGCCCGGACGGGUGUGGGCAGCCGGCGGUGUGCGCGUACCGCGUGGAGGUCAACAACCCCGCCGCCAGGUCCAGGCACAAUCUGCUCGGCAAGUACAAGAGAUUCACGCUGAAGCGACGGCGCAGGAGUCGCGGCUUCUGUUGUAGUAAAUGAUGCUAAUUUGGGAAAAAUGUGAUGU